AUGAUCGGUACGGGCUGUUCGGGCACCAAUGCCGUCCGCUACGGCACGGCGCGUGGCGAGCACUUCCUCGACUUGAAGAUCGUGCUCGCCAACGGCGAGGUCAUUUCCACUCGCGGUGGAGGACGUGCACGCAAGAGCUCCGCCGGGUUCGACAUUGGCAAGAUCAUCGUUGGUGCCGAAGGAACGCUCGGGAUCGUGACCGAGGCGACGGUGCGUUUGGCCCCCAAAAUGCCCGCCGACGCCGUAGCUGUCGCCAGCUUUCCCAACGUCGAGGCGGCCUCUCAGACGGUCAACGAGAUCCUGCUCUCCGGCAUCCCCGUGCAAUGCAUCGAGCUACUCGACUACAAGAUGAUCCAGUCCAUCAACCAGUCCAACCUCUGCGGUCGCACGUACGACGAAAAAGACUCGCUCUUCUUCAAGCUCAGUGGCGGCGAGGCCGCAGUCGCCGAAGCGAAAGAAGCCAUCAUUCGAGCGUCGGUCAAGUUCGGCGCAAAGAAGGAGAGCGUCGAGUUUGAAACCGACAAGGCGCGCGCGGCCAAGAUCUGGGAAGGCCGCAAAGCGGCGCUGUGGGCCGUGGCGGCUACCAACGACGCACCAGGUGUCAAGGUAUGGACCACCGACGUGUGCGUGCCAAUCUCUGCGCUCCCGCGGUUGGUGCGUGAAUCGCAACAGGAUUUCCAGCAGUCAGGUCUCACGGGCACUGCCAUUGUCGGCCACGCCGGUGAUGGCAACUUCCACGCCCUCAUUCCUUUUCAGGCUGACGACCCGGAACAGACGCGCAUCACCACUGAGGUCGUCGGCAGGCUCUGCGAGCGAGCGCAGAAGCUCCAGGGCACCUGCACGGGCGAGCACGGUGUCGGCAUGGGCAAAAUCCAGUACCUCGAGAAGGAAUUGCCAGCGGGAACAGUGCGUGUCAUGAAGGCGAUCAAACUGGCUCUGGACCCGAACAAUUUGCUCAACCCGGGCAAGCUGUAUCCCACCCCUGACUUCACCCCUCCUCAUUGA